AGCAGAGUCAUUUUGUUCCUACAAUGUCAUCAUCACUAUCCUCUUUCCUCCCAAUGCUUCCUGUUCUCUUCCUUCUUGUACUCUCAUGUAUGAUUUAUUCUGGUUCUGCUCAGGGACCACCUUCACCUGGCUACUACCCCAGUUCCAAAAUUAGUCCUAUUAGCUUCAAUCAAGGCUUUAAAAACCUUUGGGGACCUCAGCAUCAGAGAAUAGACCAAGGCUCAUUGACAAUAUGGCUAGACACUAGCACAGGGAGUGGAUUCAAGUCACUUCACUCUUACAAGUCUGGAUACUUUGGUGCUGCAAUUAAGCUUCAACCUGGUUACACGGCAGGAGUCAUUACAUCUCUCUACCUUUCAAACAACCAAGACCACCCCGGAAACCACGAUGAAAUUGACAUAGAGUUCCUUGGUACCACGCCAGACAAGCCAUAUGUCUUGCAGACAAAUGUAUACAUCAGAGGAAGUGGAGAUGGGAAUAUUAUAGGAAGAGAAAUGAGGUUUCAUCUCUGGUUUGACCCAACACAGGAUUUUCACAACUAUGCAGUUCUAUGGAAACCUUCUGAGUUAAUAUUUUUUGUGGAUGAUGUUCCAAUAAGAAGGUAUCCAAGGAAAAGUGAGGCCACAUACCCUACAAGGCCAAUGUAUGUGUAUGGGUCAAUAUGGGAUGCAUCUUCUUGGGCAACAGAGGGUGGAAAAUACAAAGCUGAUUACAGAUACCAACCCUUCGUUGGUAGGUACAAAAACUUCAGACUUCAAGGUUGCACCAGUGAAAGCUCUGCCUCAUGCCACCCACCUUCUACAUCUUCUGGCUUCGGAAGUCUGAGCCCUCAGCAGUUCAGGGCCAUGCAAUGGGUCCAAACCAACUACAUGGUGUACAACUAUUGCCAUGAUCCUAGGAGAGACCACAAUCUGAUCCCAGAAUGCUGAGCCAAAGUUGUUUUUCAUGUUGGUGUGUCUCAAUUCUAUGUUACCCUUUAUAUACUUAAAAAUUGAAACUUUGAAACGGUGUUGGGGU